UAAAAUCUCCAUUAAAUCAGAAUAAAAAAAGGGGCCAGAACAUAGAUAAAACAUUGAGAGAGAGAGAGAGAGAGAGGGAGGGAGGUUUAGAUCAAAAUCAAGUCAAAUCAGAAUCCCCGUUAAUGUGGUGUUUUGGUUGAGCAAUGCAAUUCCAUUCGAAAAUAAGAAACAAAAAAAGACCAAGCGGGGUUUCUUGGUUUGAUUUGUAUGUGUGUUAACCCCUCUCUCCUUGUGAAUAUUUUUGUCUUGUGAUUCUCGUUUUCGAUUUGCUUUUUUAUAAAACAAAACGUUUUGGUUUUGGGCCAAUGGAUGUUGAGAAAAAAUACGUUACUUCAGAUGAGUUGAAAGAACACAGCAAGCCUGGAGAUUUGUGGAUCUCUAUCCAGGGUAAAGUUUACAAUGUUUCGGAUUGGGCUAAGGAGCACCCUGGUGGGGAAAUCCCGCUCUUGAAUCUGGCUGGCCAAGAUGUUACAGAUGCGUUUAUAGCAUAUCACCCUGGAACUGCUUGGCAAUAUCUUGACAAGUUCUUCACUGGGUAUCAUCUCAAAGAUUUUAAGGUCUCGGAGGUGUCCAAGGAUUAUAGAAGGCUUGCAUCGGAGUUUGCCAAAGCUGGUAUGUUUGAAAAGAAAGGACGUGUGGCCCUUUGUUCAUUAACAUCUGUAGCUCUCAUGUUUCUUGUUGUUCUUUAUGGUGUUUUGAGAUGCGAUAGUGUCUGGGCUCAUCUGGGUUCAGCCAUGUUGUUGGGUAUGCUUUGGAUGCAAAGCGCAUAUGUUGGUCAUGAUUCUGGUCAUUACCAGGUAAUGGCUAGCCGUGGUUACAACAAGCUCGCUCAGCUUAUUUCUGGGAAUUGUUUAACCGGAAUUAGCAUUGCCUGGUGGAAAUGGACUCACAAUGCCCACCACAUUGCGUGCAACAGCCUGGAUCAUGAUCCUGAUCUUCAGCACAUUCCGGUUUUUGCAGUAUCUUCACGUUUUUUUAAUUCAAUAACGUCUUACUUUUAUGGAAGGAAGUUGAAUUUUGAUCCUUUUGCAAGGUUUCUGAUCAGUUACCAGCAUUGGACAUUUUAUCCUGUUAUGUGUGUGGCAAGGGUCAACUUGUAUGUUCAAACAUUCUUGCUAUUGGGUUCAAAUCGGAAAGUCCCAGAUAGAGCUUUGAAUAUAAUGGGGAUCCUUGUAUUUUGGGCUUGGUUCCCUCUCCUGGUUUCUUGUCUACCCAGUUGGCCAGAGAGGAUCAUGUUUGUUCUUACCAGCUUUGCUGUUACAUCCAUUCAACACGUUCAAUUCUGUUUGAACCAUUUCUCGGCAAAUGUAUAUGUUGGGCCUCCAAAUGGCAAUGACUGGUUCGAGAAGCAGACCAGUGGGACAUUGGAUAUUUCGUGCUCUUCCUGGAUGGAUUGGUUCUUUGGUGGUUUGCAAUUCCAGCUAGAGCACCAUUUGUUCCCCAGGUUGCCCCGAUGCCAAUUAAGGAAGGUUUCUCCAGUGGUGAGGGAGCUUUGCAAGAAGCACAAUUUGCCUUACAGGAGUCUGUCUUUCUGGGAGGCCAAUCAAUGGACGAUUAGGACUCUCAGGACUGCUGCCCUGCAGGCGCGGGACCUGACCAACCCAGAUCCAAAGAAUUUGUUGUGGGAAGCUGUUAAUACUCAUGGCUGAGGUUUUGGUAAUUUCUUGGCCCCAACUUACUUUUCUGAUUCUCGGGGUACCAGUAUCAAUCCCUUCUGUUGUUGUGUUUAGAAUGAGAUUCCGUACUCUUAUCACUAUCAGAUUUAUGUGCCCUGCUUUUAUAUAUGAUUCAGAUAUUCUACCUUAAA